CCUUUCAGGUCCUCUUGUUACAUUAAACUGAUGAGAAGGCCCUUAAUCAAUGAGACAUAAACUAUAUUCUCAACCGUACUCAUUUAUGACUAUAUAUUGUAUUUCCCACCCCUGACUCAUGUCAGACAAGAAGACGCAGAAACGAAAGCGUGGCAGCAUCAGCUACGAGUCGUCCCCCCCUCUUGACGACCCAGAAGACGCCUGGUGAGGUUCGGGCACGGUACGGCGCUCAGAGCGACCGAAGCUGGCAAGGAUCAUGAGGAUGUUAGACAAAACCUCGCUAGACAAGAAGACAACGAAACGAAAGCGUGGCAGCAUCAGCUACGAGUCGUCCUCCCUCUUGACGACCCAGAAGACGCCUGGCGGGGGUUCGGGCACGGUACGGCGCUCAGAGCGACAGAAGCUGGCAAGGAUCAUAAGGAUGUCAGACAAAACCUCACUAGGUAUGCAGAUCUUCGUGAAGACCCUAACUGGCAAGACCAUCAAACUCCUGGUGGAGCCCUCUGCCUCCAUUGCAAAUGUCAUGGCCAAGAUCCAACAGAUCGAUGGAAUUCCCCCAAAUCAGCAAAGUUUAAUCUUUGCUUCCCAACAGCUGGAAGAUUGCCGUACCCUCUCUUACUACAACAUCCAGAAGAAGUCCACUCUCUUUCUGGUCUUGCGUUUACCUGAUCGUAUAAAGAUCUUCGCGAGGACCGUGACUGGUAAGACCAUCAGCCUCGAAGUUGAGCCCACUUCCUCCAUUGCGAAUGUCAAAGCGAUGAUUCAAGACAAGCAGGGUAUUCCUCCAGAUCAGCAGAGGCUGAUGUUUAAUGGCAACGAGCUGGAAGAUAAUUGUUACCUUUCUACCUACAACAUCCAGAGAGAUUCAACCCUCCAUGUGCAGUUAAAGUCAAUACAGAUCAUCAUUGUGAAAACCACGUCUGGCACAAUGAUCCCCCUCGAGCUCUUCCCCACUGACUCCAUUGAGAGUGUCAAGACCAAGAUCCAACACAAGGAGGGAAUUCACACAGAUAUGCAGAGGUUGAUCUUUAAUAGCCUUCAGCUGGCAGAUGGUCGAACCCUGGGUGACUACAACAUCAAUGAUGGGGCUAAGCUCUUCCUGGUUUUGCGCAUGAGGGGAAAUAUGCAGAUCUUCGUGAAACCCCUUACUGGCAAUACCAUCAAACUCAUGGUGGAGCCCUCUGCCUCCAUUGCAAAUGUCAAGGCCAAGAUUCAACACAAUGAGGGAAUCCCCCCAAAUAAGCAAAAGUUACUAUUUGCUUCCAAACAGCUGGAAGAUGGCCGUACCCUCUCUUACUACAACAUCCAGAAAGAGUCCACUCUCUUACUGGUCGUGCGUCUGCCUGAUCGUAUAAAGAUCAUCGUGAGGAUGGUCACUGGUAAGACCAUCAACCUCGAAGUUGAGCCCUCUGCCUCCAUUGCGAAUGUCAAAGCGCUGAUUCAAGUCAAGGAGGGUUUUCCCUCAGAUCAGCAGAGGCUGAUGUUUAAAGGCAACGAGCUGGAAGAUCAUCAUUACCUUUCUUCCUUCAACAUCCAGAGAGACUCAACCCUCCAUUUGCAGUUAAAGUUAAAGCAGAUCAUCAUCGUGAAAACAAAUUCUGGCAGAAUGAUCCCCCUGGAGAUUUUUCGCUCUGACUCAGUUAGGAGUGUCAAGACUAAGAUCCAAGACAAGGAGGGAAUUCCCGCACAGAUACAGAGGUUGAUCUUUAAUGGCUGCCAACUAGAAGAUGGUCGUACCCUAGAUGACUACAACAUCAAUGAUGGAUCUAUGCUCUACGUGGUACUUCGCCUCAGCGGAGGUAUGCAGAUCUUCGUGAAGACCCUAACUGGCAAGACCAUCAAACUCGUGGUGGAGCCCUCUGCCUCCAUUGCGAAUGUCAUUGCCAAGAUCCAACAGAUCGAUGAAAUUCCCCCAAAUCAGCAAAGUUUAAUCUUUGCUUCCCAACAGCUGGAAGAUUACCGUACCCUCUCUUACUACAACAUCCAGAAGGAGUCCACUCUCUCUCUGGUCUUGCGUCUGCCUGAUAGUAUAAAGAUAUUCGUGAGGAUCGUGACUGGUAAGACUAUCAACCUCGAAGUUGAGCCCACUGCCUCUAUUGCAAAUGUCAAAGCAAUGAUUCAAGACAAGCAGGGUAUUCCUCCAGAUCAACAGAGGCUGAUCUUUAAAGGCAACGAGCUGGAAGAUAACUGUUACCUUUCUACCUACAGCAUCCAGAGAGAUUCAACCCUCCAUGUGCAGUUAAAGUUAAUGCAGAUCAUCAUUGUGAAAACCUCUUCUGACACAAUGAUCGCCCUCGAGAUUUUUGGCUCUGACUCUGUUGAGAGUAUCAAGACCAAGAUCCAAGACAAGGAGGGAAUUCCCGCACAAAUACAGAGGUUGAUCUUUAAUGGUCGCCAACUAGAAGAUGGUCGUACCCUCUGGUACUACAACAUCAAUAAUGGAUCUAAGCUCUACCUUGUACUUCGGCUUAUCGGGGGUAUGCAGAUCUUCGUGAAGACCCUAACUGGCAAGACCAUCAAACUAAUGGUUGAGCCCUCUGCCUCCAUUGCAAAUGUCAAGGCCAAGAUCCAAGACCAGGAGGGAAUUCCCACUCAAAUACAGAGGUUGAUCCUUAAAGACCGCCAACUAAAAGAUGGUCGUACCCUCUGUGACUACAACAUCAAUGAUGAAUCCAAGCUCUACCUGGUAUAUAAGCUUUCCGGUUCUUGAACCACAAGCAACCAAUACGAAACAUAUCGGUUCUCAUGAUAUAAUAAUAAUUAAUUUCCAGUAUAAUUUCUGAGAUUGUGUAAAAACCAGUUUAAACUCCUAUUACUUUUGAAAUGACCAUUCCAAGGCGCUUAAUCGAAUUGUGUUCAUCUAUGUGCGUUUGCUUUGUACUUGUGUGUCUUGUCAUUUCUUUUGUUUUGUGUCAAUUGGUUCCUUGCUACCCUCCUGGUUUAACGGAAGUUUAUCUUUAUAUGUAUUUGGUGCGAAAUGAAAACAAAACUGCAUAUUUGUCAGAAACGUGUACUGAUUUCAUUUACUAUGCUCGAAUACGGCAUUAGAAGAUAACAUAUUAAAGCGCGUUUCAUAUAUACAUGUGACGUAUUAUUGAACGAGGGUGUUUAAUUGGUCGAUAGGAUCACACGAAAUCAUAGAACAUCCGUUUUUAAGCCUUUUUAGAAAUGCAUUUCGAUAAUGGGGAAUCAUGCAACCUUUGCCCUUUCAUUGACUUUGUGCACCUAUCAAGAUAAAAUUAUGACUUCAAGUGGCAGCAUAGCUUUUCAGAUUUCAAAUUCAUAUUUCUUAGACUCAUAUAGAUCUUAAGUUAUCAUUUAAUAUUUUUUUGUAAUAAUGUUGACAAUUUACACUUUAUUUUGUUGAUUUGUUUUCCUAUAAUAUUGUUCAACAGAAAAAGGUCCAAUAAAAUCUGGCUAGGUCCUGUAAGUGUGAGCAAUUACAGAAACUCAUGUCCCGUUAGUUAUUUUUGUCUUUCGCGUGGGUUUAAAUAUGAGUGGAAUAUUGUUUAGUUGAAUAUUUCACUCGCAGAUAUUAAAAUUAUUUGUGUUAUAAUAUUGAUGCGAUUCAAAUGAUGAACAUUUAUUUGUCUUUAUUUCUUAAAUGUAACACUUGGACAUUUAACCGUUUUCUUAAAAUGUAUUAGCAGUAUAAUAUAUGUACUUUAUAUUCAUAAUAAAUAUCAAUGUUG